AUGUAUGGGCGUGGCACGAUGACAGAACAAGAACUCGACGAGAAGUAUCCAAAUCGCCCUCACAAUCACUCCCGAACUCUGCCAUUUCGCGAUCUCUUCUUCACCCUGUUCAACCCUCUCAACGACAACAGAAAGAAGCCAUCCGGGCCAGCAAUUGCCCGUAAGAAGCUGGGCUCUUAUGGCGGACCGAGUCAAGCUCCAAAUGAAGUGCGACGCCAGAUCAUCGACAGGUUCAUCAGUCGGUGGCGGAAGGAAGUCGGCGACGACAUCUAUCCCGCCAUGCGUCUCAUCGUUCCCGAAAAGGACCGUGAUCGAGGCAUGUAUGGACUCAAAGAGAUGACCAUCGCUAAACUUCUCGUCAAAAUUCUCAAAAUUGACAAGAACAGCGAUGAUGGUCGGAAUCUCACGCACUGGAAACAGCCGGGCCUGAAUUCGACGAGUGCCAUGGCCGGAGACUUUGCAGGCCGCUGUUUUGAGGUCAUCAGCAAGCGACCUAUGCGCACAACACCUGGCGACAUGACCAUUGCUGAAGUCAACGAGCGUCUUGAUCGUCUGGCGGUUGCACAAAAGGAAGAAAAUCAGCUGCCAAUUCUCGAGCAGUUUUACAGUCGCAUGAACGCCGAAGAAAUGAUGUGGCUCGUUCGCAUGAUUCUUCGUCAGAUGAAGGUCGGUGCGACGGAAAAGACCUUCUUCGAAAUCUGGCACCCGGAUGCAGAGACUCUCUUCAAUAUCUCAAGUAGUCUGAGACGCGUCUGCUGGGAGCUUUAUGAUCCUGCAGUGCGCUUGGAGGGCGAGAGUCGCGGGAUUUGCUUGAUGCAAUGCUUCCAGCCACAGCUCGCUGCCUUCCAGAUGCGCUCGACCGAGCACAUGGUCGCGAAAAUGGGCACGACGGACGAAGAUCCUGUGUUCUGGAUUGAAGAAAAGCUUGACGGAGAACGCAUGCAGAUGCACGUGAUGGAGGACGAUGACCACCCGGGCGGUGUGCGCUUCGGCUUCUGGUCGCGAAAGGCGAAAGAUUACACUUAUCUGUACGGCAGCGGCUUUGAGGACGACCACUCCGCUUUGACGCGACAUAUCAAGGACGCGUUCGCGUCAGGCGUUCGUAACAUCAUUCUUGAUGGCGAGAUGAUCACGUGGGACAUUCAGCUGGAUGCUAUAGUCACCUUCGGCACGCUGAAAACAGCCGCCAUCGAGCAGCAGCAGAAUCCUUUCGCAGAUGGUAAUCGGCCUCUAUACAGAGUAUUCGACUGCCUAUAUCUCAAUGACAAAGACCUGACACGCUACACCCUUCGCGAUCGCCGAAAUGCGUUGCAAUGCAGUAUCAAGAAUGUCCGUCGUCGGAUUGAAAUCCAUGAAUAUCAAGAAGAAAAGACUGCAUCAAAAGUGGACGAAACUCUACGGCGAGUCGUGGCAGAGGCGAGCGAGGGCCUUGUGCUCAAGAAUCCUCGAUCACUGUAUCAUCUGAAUGCACGUAAUGACGAUUGGAUCAAAGUCAAGCCAGAGUACAUGACCGAGUUCGGCGAAUCACUCGAUUGCAUCGUCGUGGGAGGCUACUAUGGCUCUGGCAAGCGCGGUGGGGGUCUGAGCAGCUUUUUGUGCGGACUCUAUGUGCCCAGCCAAAAGAAAGAGAUCCAGCCAGAUAUCAACCCUCAAAAGACGCUGUCAUUCUUCAAAGUCGGAGGAGGCUUCAGCGCCAGCGAUUACGCGCAGAUCAAACACAUGACCGAAGGCAAGUGGAACGACUGGGAUCGGAAGAAACCUCCAUUUGACUGGGUCGAACUUGGCGGAGGCAUGGUCAAGCAGUAUGAGAGACCGGAUGUCUGGAUCAAGCCCGAAGACUCCUUCGUCGUGAGCGUGAAAGCCGCAUCGGUUGGGGCCUCUGACCAAUUCGCUUGCGGCUUCACCUUACGCUUUCCAAGGUUCAAGAAAUUGCGGACUGACAAGUCCUGGCAGCAGGCACUGUCACACGACGACUUCAUUGAGCUCAAGACCAAAGCACAGAAUGAGAAGGAGGAGAAAAAGAUGAAGAUGGACGAGUCGCGGAGAGGACGCAAGACAAAGAAGCGGAAGAAGGAGAUCGUGAUUCAGGGCCAAGAAGAAGGCGACCUCAAGACACCUUACGCCGGUCCUGUGACAAAAGUCUUCGAAGGUCUGAGCUUCUUCAUCAUGACUGAAGCCCCGAAGCCGAUCAAGAAGAGCAAAGCCGAGCUCGAACAACUUGUCAAAGCGAACGGUGGCCAGAUUGUGGCAUCACACAAGGAUCCUAAAACCAUUCUUGUUGCUGAUCGGAAUGUAGUCAAGGUCGCCUCGGUGAAAAAGAGCGACAACCGAAACAUCGUUAAGCCAAGCUGGCUACUCGAUUGCAUCAAGCAGAGCGAACUAGACGUUGGAAGACCGACUUUGCUCCUCCCUCUCGAGCCGCACCACCUUGAAUAUACGCAGUCUGCUGACCAAGGCAAGUUCGAUGACAACGUUGACGAGUAUGGUGACAGCUAUGCUCGCGAUGUCACGCCUUCCAGCCUCCUCGCUUUGUGCAAUAAAAUGCCAGCCAAGGUUGAAGACGGAUAUGAGCCUCUCGAAAUCCUGGAACAACUCAAUGAGCAGAACAACGAGCUCGAUGCCCUCGCUGGAUUCAUGUUCCGCGGCACGAAAGCAUACAUCGAACCAAGUAUACCUCGAGAGAGCAUAAGGCUGUAUGAGUUCGCUGGUGGUGACCUCGCCAAGACAUUGAAAGAUGAGGAUAUCACACAAGUUGUCGUUCAGCAGGGCAGCCAGAGCCUUGCGGAUAUUCGCAAAGCAGUCUCUUCUAGAAGUAAGCUACCUAGAAUUGUGACUGAGGACUGGGUCAAAGAGAGCUGGAUCGAGGAGACGAGACUAGACGAGGAGCGUUUUGCACCUGUCUAG